GCGGGGGUCGGCGGCUCUGUUUACUUUUCCGGUGUGAACCAGAAAACAUUCGUCCGGCAGCCUUUGGUCACUUGGCUGUCACGGCGCUCAGUCUGUGGCCUUUUCACCGUCAACAAGAGUCUCUGGGGGGGGGGCGCUUCAUAAAUUUAAACUUACAUGUCCGCAGACCAGCAGACGUUCUCGCCGCGCUGCUCUCCGUCCUUCCCCCACGGGGCGGUGAAGGGUUUCGGCGGUGCGGAGCCUCAGAGCAGCCCGCUGCCGGAGAUGGAGACCCUGCGGGUGUUCGUUAACGAGCGGCUGACUGCGGCGGUGGACGACAUCCUGGGGCUGUUCGGGACAACGGUGGCCCGGUAUCGGGAGCAGAUCGACCGCCAGCGGCGACAGCUGGACGACCUGAGGUCCGAGGGGGGCAGGUGGAACCGGGCAGCAGACCCUCUGCAGGCUUACUCCUGGGCAAAAAACUGCCCCGAAGACCCGUUCCCGUGCGUCCAGCUGGACCAGACCAGCAGUGUGGAUGAGACAGACGCUGGGGGCGCGGCUGCUCGCAUUAAAACAGAAGUUGGUGGUGAGGUCUGUGGAGCGCCAGAACUAGACAUUCAUGUUGACCCAGCCAGCGGUGUAGCGGCAGCGAGUGAUGGCCGAGUCCUGGCUGAGGACUCUGACAUCGAGGACAGUGGAGACUACUGGAGAGAAGCUGCAGGACUUCGGAAACCAGAGAAGACGGGAGAGACGGAAGGUGAAAGUCCACCUCUGGGCACGAAGGUGAAGAGCUCCACUGACCUGUCGCAGGAGCACAAACUGUCACAUCAGCUUCCACCGGUGUUUAGUUGUAAAGUUUGCGGCGAGUCCUUCCAGAGGAGGAGUUACCUGCUCACUCACACUUUGGCACAUUUGAGAGACUGCGGUGUGUGCGGGAAACAUCUGGAGCGUACCGAGAACCCGAGGCUUCACCUCAGACUUCACAGAGAAACGUUGUUCUGCUGCAGCGUUUGCGGUCAGAGUUUCACCCUGCGGGGGAACCUGAGGACGCACAUGAGGAUCCACUCGGGCGAGCGGCCGUACGGCUGCACCGUCUGCGGAAAGAGCUUCGGCAGGAGGGCGACGCUGGUGCGGCACGUCCGCAGCCAUACGGGCGAGAAGCCGUUCACCUGCACGUACUGCGGCCGCGGCUUCGUGGAGAAGGGCAACCUGACGGUGCACCUGCGGACGCACACCGGCGAGAGGCCGUACUGGUGCUCCAUCUGCGACCGCCGCUUCAGCCAACUGUCCUGCUUCUACAAACACCCCUGUCAGAGGAGACUGACCACUGCCCUCGUCAUUCCCACCUGACUGCCUGAAAACAGGACCGGGAUUCUGUCGUGUUUCAAAAUAAACUUCCUUCAUGGGCCGAUAAUGAGCCAGAUCAGCAAAAAAACUCACAUCCUGAUCUUAACGAAACCAUGAAACAGCAUCUAAACCUGGACGAUACAAUUACAGUAAUCUUAUACCAUCAGAAUCAUUUUAAAAGGUACUACAGAGUUGUGAAGUGCGAGGGACUGUACUUCCAUUUCGGUUUUCUCUUACUGAUGUACUUAAUGUUGCUUCAGAGAGAAACUGAGGACUCUCCUGGAUAAUGGACGUAUAGGUUCAUGUUCUGAUCACCAGUUUCAAUUAUUUCACCUUGGUUUCUGAGAAAUCAUGAUUUGUCAUUUUGGUCGACGGCUCAAAAACUACAAAAAUCCAUAGGCCUUGUUCCAAAUUGCUACGGCGAAGAAGCCAGUCAAAGGUGUGAGUUUGCUUUGUUGUGGCUGUGAACAGAAUUUAAAGCUUUGUGAUCGGAUGUUUCUUGAUGAAAUGCAUCUUGGGAGUCGUAGUCAACUUCAACUUCAAAGUUUUUACAUCCAAAGGCCUCGUGUACAUUUGACUUUUUAUCAAACCCGUCAGAUCUUUUCUAAUUUACUACAGUUGCUUAUCUUUUGUUGGGCUGCAACUAACGAUGAUUUUAAUUAUCAUCGUUUAAUUAUCAUUGACAAUUAUUUUCUGGAUUAAUCGUCUGUUUUAUAAAACAUCACAAGGAUCGAUAAAAUGGCCAUCACAGUAUCCUACAGCACAAGGUGAUGUCACUAAAUGUCUAGUUUAUUCCGUCAAGUCUAAAACCUCAACAUUUUCAAGUCACCGCAGUGUAAGACCAAGAAAGGCAUCAACUUCUGUCACGUGGAACUUUUAUACCUGGUACCAUCAACUUGUUUUUUGCAUGUAAACCGACAUUUUUGCUUGAACAUUAUUUAGACGAUUAAUCACUCAUUUUCUUUUAAGUCAACUAAUGAUGAUUAAUUGACCAAUCGACACACAGCGACUUUGAGAAGUCAUUUUUGAAGCCUCCGCUAUAGAGCUGGGACAUAUCAGAGAGGAAAACAAACAAAGAACUGGUGAAAUAAAAUAAGGCUUAUGUUCUUAUUGGAUGUGUUAAAAACUCCAUAGUUGUUGUCUCGGCAGAUCCAUAAAACAAUAAAGUGAGGAAUGCAGCCUACCUGCUGCUUCGUAUGUUGCUCUCCCAGGGCCUGUUUGGUCUAGCUUUUCUUUUCCCAACGUGCACUUUACACUUUGGAAAUCAGCCUAUCACACUUAUAUCUUUAUUAACGAUUCCUUGUUUAUGAUAUUUUUAUAAUUUCAUCAAUCAUGAGUCGUGUUUUCGUCAACCAAAUCGAGGGUAAAAAAAAGGACACGUUAAGCCAGAAAUAAUUGAAAAAUGGCAGCUUCAGUUUGAUUUUGCAGAAGUCCAGUAUGGAGGACACAAACCAGACAGCUGGACAAAAGCGAGACGGAUACUGAGAUAAUGUAAGAAGCUUCUCAGGGGGGGCAGUUUUUUUCCCUUGUACUACUGUCUGGUUGAAUACUUACUCUUACUGGCUGGAAGGUGCACGUUAAAAGUAUUUAAUGCACAGGAAGCUUUACAGAGAUUUGAUCUCAGUUCUAAAUUCUCACAUCAGCUUAAAACAAAACGAAUAAGUGAUCCCAGUAAAUAUUUAAAGAUUUAAGAAUGGUAAACUUUUGUUUCACGAGCUUUUACUUCUGAGUCCAAAAUAUUGAACAAAGUUAAUGAAUGCUCUUAUUUAACGUUGCUGGCGAGUUUCCAUGGUGGAUAAGGUGGAUAACGUUCCAAGACAUCUCGCUUAAAUCGUGGUCACAGACAUGUUGACCCUGAUUAAUUGUUGAUCCAACACCACAGUUCUUAGAUUUCAUGCUGCUUUUUCUGCCACCAGUGACACUUCAGCUAAUGUUGAAUCAAUAACACAAUAUUAAAAGUGCAUUUUGGAUGUGUAACUUUUGUUUUUUCAGUACCGAUUGUUAAACCAAGGAAAAACAAAGUAUUGCUGUGACCUUUAAAAAAUGAAAACAGAUUUGAGUAUCAGAAUUUUCUUUCUUCUGUACUUUCUUCUUUCCCAUGAAUCAUCUGACGACCCCUCAGAUUCAUCAGGUGUCCCUAUUGGAGGGUCCUGACCCCUAGGUUGGGAACCCUUCGACUAAACUAUCUACCUGUGUAUAAAGCAGCAGCCAGCUGUUUUCAGAGAAACAGCUGUAAAAAGCCGACGUCCACUACCUGCUCAGCAGCAGACAGCAGCCAGACACAGUCAGAGACCAGCUGGUGAACACGCUGGAGUGUUUAGCAGCCGAAGAGCCAGAUGUUUCCCUCAGGAGCCGGUGGAGACCAAAACCAGAGCUAAAAGAGAGGGAGUACUGGACCUAGACUCAUUAGGUGGACUCAGACACCAGAUCCAGAUGGAGGAUCGUGUUGCUCUGUAACACCUGGAUGUGGAAAUGACCUGGUUCAACAUAUCAACAUAAAAGGUGACGAUAUGUUAUCGUUGUGUUCACGUUUUGCUGUUUUGCUUCUUCUGAAAACAAGAGGCCAAAAAUAAAACCAGUCAGUGCAGGUUUCAGUAAAAUUACCAGCUGAGGUAUUUUUACAUUGUUGAACCGGUGCUUUUAAUUCGGUGAAGCAUCUGAGAACCUUUGUCACCAC